AUGGCGACCGAGGAGAGCGCAAGCGCGUUGCGCUUCCGCGGUGCCAAGCAGGAGGAAUUCCUGGAUGACUCGGUCAAGAGGCAUGGGUUCCAGGAGACGAGCUCCGGCCUGCGCUACAAGGUUGUCAGAAGCAACCCGGGCGGAGAGAGGCCUGGCCCGAACAACCCCUGCAGGUGUCACUACAAGGGCACUCUUGUGGACGGCACGGAGUUUGAUUCCUCGUACCGCAGAGGAGAUCCUGUCAUCUUCAGGCCGUCUGAGGUGGUCCCCGGCUGGUCGGAAGCUUUGCAGCUGAUGCGAGCGGGCGAGAAGUGGGAGAUUAUUUUGCCGAGCCACCUCGCGUACGGUGAUCGAGGCGCUGGGCCCAUUCCUCCUGGUGCCGUCCUGGUGUUUGAGUUGGAGCUGUUGGAGGUCAACGCAGAAGGCAGCGGGUCCUUGGGGAGCAUGGUGGCCUUGGGGCUCCUGCUUGCUGUGGGGCUCCUGGGCUUCUUGGCGGUGUGGCUGACCGGGACAAAGGCGCUCCCGCAGGGCCCCAUCGUCGCCGUCAGUCACGUCACUCAUGCAGCUGGCAAUCCGCACGUUUUCAUGGAUGUGGAGGCCGGGGGGUCUGCGUUGGGCAGAAUUGAGUUUGAACUCUUCAAGGAGGUGGCGCCGAUGACGGUAGAAAACUUCCGUGCUCUGGCGACCGGCGAAUCAGGCCCCGGUCUCGCUGGAUCCACACGGCACUUCAAGGGCUCGCCCUUCCACAGGAUCAUCCCAGGUUUCAUGUGCCAGGGCGGCGACAUUACCCACGGCAAUGGCAGAGGAGGCGAAAGCAUCUAUGGCAAGACUUUCCGAGACGAGUGGGAGCACGGCCGCAUCCACCACACGGAGCCGGGUCUGCUGUCCAUGGCGAACCGGGGUCGGAACUCCAACGGCUCCCAGUUCUUCAUCACCCUGGCCGCAACCCCCUGGCUGGAUGACAAGCACGUGGUGUUUGGACGAGUUCUGUCGGGGAUGGACGUCGUCCUGGAGAUGGAGAAGCGUGGCUCCAGGAGCGGCACACCAAGUGAGGAGAUCAUCGUUGUCAACAGCGGGCAGCUCGGUUUGGACGGAAAGCCCAUGGACGGCAACAACAACUACUCCAGUGCCGAUGCGGCGUACAUGAAAGGCGUGGACAGGGAGUUGGAUGAUGCCGACAUGGGCUGGGGCGGCGAGAAAGGCUGGAAUGGAGACGGCAGCGGUUGGGGAAAAGGCGAGGGCCUAAGAAUCCUGGCAUUUCUGAAUCGAAAUGACUACGUUGACUGGCUCCAUGAGAAGGCAGACCCGAUGCCGACGGCAGGUGAGGCGAAGCCGCUACCGACCCUCCUUGGCCCAGCAGCAAGCGAUGUGGAGGAUGUGGUUGCACGAUUGAUGAAGAAGCCCAGGGCCCAGGCGACGAUUGAAGCUCAGCCAAUGGAGGCUCUGGCCACAGAGGAGUCCGAGACGAAGGAUGAGGCUCAGCCAAUGCCGGCCCUGGCCACAGAGGAGUAUGUCACGAUGCUGCGAUACUACGCCCUGGCAAGCCGGGUCAGGGCACCGCAGCUUUUUUAG